AUGCUCGUGAGUGGUCGCUCUCAUCCGUGGUGGUUCUUCGUUUCUCCUCUAUUCAUCUCCGCUGUGCUGGGGAGUGGAUCGUCCGACAUCCUCACGGAUGCUGCAUUUCAGGAGAUUGCAUUUUUAUACAGGAAAGUCAGGGAGCUGAACGUGUCCAUGGGUCACGGGGUGCUCACUUUGGAGGGACUUUGCAUGAGAAGGUACAAGAAAUGCAUACCUAAGAUACUGGACAUUUACAAGUUGUUUGGUAAACAUUUGGACACGACCGAGCUCACUUUUCCGUUCUUUCGAUAUGGAUUCUCAUACAUUUUCCUGGGCUAUUCGGUGACCCAUUCAACAUCUUUAUCAAGACAGAAGGAAUUUGAGGCAAACACAAAGGAUGUGAUUCCUCUCUUCUCGAUCACAUAUGUUAUUGCCAUUGCAUUAUCCAUUCUCUUUUGUAUGAAGUUUGAUUGUGUCAGGAAUAAAGUGUGGGUGUCUACAUUCAGGGUGUUCUCUGCUGGAUUAGCUGUCCUGUCCUCUUUUGGAAUGAUGUUACACAUUGGAGUCCCGUUUGUCAUGACAGUAGCAAACUCUCCAUUCCUGAUAUUAGGUAUCAACAUCACUGUACUGUAG